AUGUUGGAAGGCAAAGCUUGCGUGGAGGACACAGACAUGCCAGUGAAGAUGCAGAUGCAGGCCAUGGCUGCUGCUUCUCAAGCUCUGGAUCUUUAUGACGUCUUCGAUUGCAGAUCCAUAGCUGCCCACAUAAAAAAGGAGUUUGACAUGAGAUAUGGGGGCGGUUGGCAAUGUGUGGUGGGCUCAAACUUUGGGUGUUUCUUCACUCAUUCAAAAGGAAGCUUCAUCUACUUUACACUUGAGAGUCUCAGCUUUCUCAUCUUCAAAGGGGCCUCUUCUCCUUCCUCCUUACCCAAAGGCUAA